AUGUCACAUACUGUUCUGAAGAGAAGGUGGUCGGCACUCACGAGAAAGCAUUGGCAGAAAAAAGCCAGUCAUAAGUCAAAGCCGGAAAAAGGCUGCCUUUGCCCGUUGACAAAAGACAGCCACAGUGACGUGAUCCAGCCCCUGUGGAAGCAGGUGGAGCUGCUCGUCAAUACACAUUACAGUGAGCAACAAGUGGGACGGGGUCUGGGGGCAUCCCGGCCCCCUCCAGCUGCCCUGUUUGCAGAAGGACUUUGGACCCAUCCCCUUGCCUGCUCCCAUCCGAGCUGCUCUCUGGCCAAGGCCAUUGGCACCUCGGAGCCCGUCAAGGUGCCGUACUCCAAGUUUCUGAUGCACCCGGAGGAGCUGUUGGUGGUGGAGCUGCGUGAAGGCAUCUCCCUCCGCAGGUCCAACUGCUUCGGGAUCGCCAAGUUCCAGAAGGUUCUGAAGGCCAGCAAUAGCAUCCAGUUUGUCUUCAAGAGGCCUGAGCUGCUCAAAGAGCCCAUCGUGGAGAGUCAAGGAACUGCCUCCUCACUUGGCUUCUCUCCCCCUGCCCUGCCCCCAGAGAGGGACUCCGGGGACCCUCUGGUGGACGAGAACCUGAAGAGACAGGGCUUUCAAGGUAAGGUUGAGCUCAGGGGGAGGUCUGUUGUCCCAGCACCAUGACCUUGACCUGGUUUGGGUUUGGAGGGCCAGGCUGGAAGUGGGGAGGAGCUGGCCCCCAACCUCAGGGCCUAAGGAACCAGGCAAGCCAGGUUGGCAGCCCAGGCCCGGCUGUACCCUGCCAGCUCUGUGUUAGAGACUCCAGGGGAGAGGGGGUGCCUGCAGGUGGAUGGUGGGGGGAACUGGGUGGUGGGAGAGUACAGGGCCCAGGAGCCUGUCUGCUCACCCCCGCCGGCCGUCCCCACUGAGGUAGCUGACACGCCCACUCCUUAUUCAGCAAUCAGCUGUGGUCUUAGUGCUUUGAAAUCAGAAUAGGAGGCAGGCGCAGCACCUCACGCCUGUAAUUCCAGCACUUGGGGAGGUCAAGGAGGGAGGAUGG